AUGCAAUCCUCGGUGCUGCUUGCCCUGGCUGGCUUGGGCCUUUCGAGUCCGUCCGGGGCUUGGCAUAAGCCCUGGGCAACUCAUGCUGGCUGUGCUGCCAUCGUUCGACGGUUCGACUGGCAGCAGAACACCUCCGAACCGCAGUACAGGCGUUUCCAUGCUUGUCUUACAAGACGAAAGGAUCUUCCUGAUUGGGCUGGCCAAAACAGGCCCUCACUUAUCUCAGGCGAGCACUACCCAGUCUCUGUUGUGCCUUCUGUGAGCGGAGUUCCGUUGUAUUGGAUUACGCCAGUUUAUGACUAUGUCGUGUCAAAUUUCAUCCGGAAGGAGGGCACGUAUGAGCCCAUGGAGCUUGAAGUCUUUCGGAAUCUAGUCAAAGAGGGCGAUGUUGUGUGUGACAUGGGCUCGCACGUAGGCAGCUAUUCCAUUCCGCUGGCAUUUCACGUGGGGCCCACCGGCCGUGUCCAUGCGUUUGAGCCCUUCCGUGUAGUGUUUCAGCUGCUGACGGGAAACGUUGCCAUCAACGGACUGGCCAACUUCUACACCCACAAUGUGGCGCUUGGCGAGACAUCAGAAACUCUGCGUGUUCAGAGUCCUGCGUUGAGGCGAUCAAGCAACAUCGGCGCUACCAGCGUUUACCAUCAGGCCAAGGAGGUUUACGGGGAGAAUCAUGUCCUGCAGUAUGAGGGUGAGGAAAAUGUGAGAGUGGAAACCUUAGACUCCUUCCAGAUAGAGGUUGUGCAUUUCAUGAAGAUCGAUGUCGAGGGAGCACUCGACAAGGUGCUCCGCGGAGGCCAGCAGACCAUUGAACGUAAUCGACCCAUAGUCGCCUGUGAGCACGGUGAGCCAACAGCUCCUGAGCUUUUGGUUGCUUGGAGCUAUCGCUGUUUGUUGCUCUUGCCUGUACAUGAUCUUUGGGUUUGCGUGCCUGAAGAGAAGUGGUGGCGCUAUAGAUGGCUAGAAACCACGGACUUCGGAUAUGGCCCUGCAACAGAAGCCUCAACAGUCCAGGAUCUUCAACGAGAGGUUCGGAGGAACACCGACCCACCGCAGCUCUUCCGAAACGGACAAAGCAUCUGA